AUGGUUGGACAGAUGCAACACGCAGAAAGAGCAACUGGAAAGAUACCUAGAAAACACUCCUACCACUGCCAACAGAAGUGGACAUACAAAAAUUACCCCGAGUGUUCAAGAUGGCAUCGGACAGCUGUGAGACUGGCCAGCUUUGCACUGGUUUUCUUGGUGGCCACAGUGAUAGGACUCGCCAUCCAUGUAAGUCAUCAGAGCAGGUAUUCCUUAACUGAUAAACCUAAUGACAGGAUACUUGGUAAUAAUGAAACCAGAUAUUGUGGCUGUAUGGAUAUUCCUCCCGAGAAACAACAGGACAAAAUAUCCAUGGGAAAGUCAUGUCCUGAUAACUGGUUCCAGAAACAAGGGAAAUGUUACAAAUUUUACAUGAACUUUAAGUCAUGGAUUGAUAGUGAAAUAUCCUGUGUAGUAAAGAAAUCACAUCUCAUAGUGAUCGAAAACAAAGCAGAAUUGGAUUUCAUCCAGAGUAAAAUACAUGAUGGUGUUUACUUUUGGAUUGGACUGAAUAUUACAGACACACAGAAACGGACCUGGCUGGAUGGCACACCGUUACAGCCAUGGCUAUUUCAAGUUACUGGCCAGUUUGAAGACAAUGCCUGUGCCCUGAUAACAAGGAAAGGUGUUUUUUUUUUUUUUUUUUUUUUUUUUUUUCCUGAAAGGUGUUUCAUCGACAAUCACUGGAUUUGUCAAGAUUCAUCUACAGAGGACAGUGUUUGA